ACGCUCGCCCCGCCCCUUCGGUGGCAGUGAACCAAUCGCAGCCGUCUGAGGCGAGGGUGUGAUUGACAGCGGUUGUUGCUUACCCAGAAAGCCCUGCGGGGCAGUUUGAAUGGCGCAGCGUCCUGUCAGAGGGGAUCGUCCGGUUAUUGUAUAGUGAGCUCGAGCGGCGGCCGGAGCAGGAGUGCAGUGCGAUAGGUCUCGUCAGUGAAGCCCCCGGCAGGGCCAUGAGCCGACUUCCUGGGUAUUAUGGCAUUUGAAGCCUGCGAUGCCAAGAAGCGGGACCUAGAGGAGGGUUGUACCAAUGACCACCCAAGGAAAAGACUCUCGGCUGCUGCCAAGCAGAACAUGAAGGAGGGUAACAUUUCACAGGAAGAGUCGGUAUCUGUAGUAACCAGAAGUCCAGGUCGGCAACCUUCAACCAGUGAUCGUCAGCUUUACAAAGUGGUGGUUUGUAAGAGGAAAGCCCCGCAGCAAGCCCUGAGACCCGCUUACAGAAGAAAGCAGCAUCAGAAAGGCUGGGGCUGUGACAUGGCCAAUAAGGAAAACGAGCUGGCGGCGGGGAACCUGCACGAGAAGCUCCAGAACGACCGCCACACCUUUGUGCUGAACUCCACCGAUUCCAGCUCCUCGCAGACUGAAGGGGCCUCCUCGAAAUAUAGCACUUUCUUCGCAGAGUUGUCCAAGGAUCACGAUACAAUGGCACAGGUCCUUUUCAGCCGAAACCUCAGGCUUAAUGUAGCCCUCACUUUCUGGAGGAAGCGCAGUGUGAAUGAACUCGUGGCCUAUCUAGUCAGGAUGCAAGAUUUAGGUGUAAUAGCGGAUUGUCUUCCAGUCCUCACAAAUAGCCUUCAAGAAGACAAGGCCUCCAUCUCGGCCGGCUGCUGUGUCGAUCUGUUGCCACUGGUUAAAUCCCUGCUGAGAAGUAAAUUUGAAGAAUAUGUGAUCGUCGGCCUGAACUGGCUCCAGGCGGUUGUGAAGAAAUGGUGGACGCAGUUAUCUACAAGCUCAGAAGAAGAGGCCUCUGACGAAAAUGUCCUGAUACUAAAGCGACAGCUAAGUGGAAUGUGGCAGCAAGAAAGUCACCUUGCAUCAGUACCAGGUUAUACUGGCAACAUAGCCAAGGACUUGGAUGGCUACUUAUCACAGCUCCGCUGAUACGAGGCUUCACCAAAUAUCCUGCAUCUGUUUUGGGACUUCAUGAGACUUUUGCAGAUCUGUCCGAGCUCUGCUGCAGGAAGAAACUGGUAAAACCACUAACUAGUCCAAGAGGGCUUCAUCUCCAGGACAGGCCCUCGUUGUGCCACCACAGACAAGGUGGCGUCUGCCUGCUUCAUAUUGAAGUAGUGUUCUUUCCAGAUAGUGGUUUUGAACUUACUGAGGUAACGUUUACCUAACGCUCCUGCGUGACGGACUUCACAAGAGCCACUUCUCCUCUGUUCCUGAGGAGCAGAGCAGGAACCUCAUCACUGGGAUUGGAGAUCUAGGAGAAACUGGCAUGUUGGAGAAAUGCACGGUGUCUACAAGUCCGUGCAGGACGCUGUGCCUGAAACUGCGACAUUUUAACCCGGGACACUGGAUAUUGCAGCCGUUUUUUUUGUUUAUUUUGUUAUGUUAUUUGAAACCCUAAUAUUAAAGACGUUUUUGCA